CGCCCGCCAUGGCCCGCGCUGCCCCGCUGCUCGCCAUGCUGGCCACGCUUCUCACCGCCGCCGCUGCAGGCGGAGACGCCCCGCCCGGAAAAAUCGCCGUUAUUGGAGCUGGGAUCGGGGGCUCUGCUGUGGCCCAUUUCCUUCAGCAACACUUUGGACCCCGGGUGCAAAUUGUCGUCUAUGAGAAAGGGGCUGUGGGUGGCCGCCUGGCCACCAUCUCCGUCAACAAGCAGAACUACGAGAGCGGGGCAGCCUCCUUCCAUUCCCUGAGCCUCCACAUGCAGGACUUCGUCAAGCUGCUAGGGCUGAGACAGCGGCGCGAGGUGGUGGGCAGGAGCGCCAUCUUCGGCGGGGAGCACUUCGUGCUGGAGGAAACCGACUGGUACCUGCUGAACCUCUUCCGCCUCUGGUGGCACUACGGCAUCAGCUUCCUGAGGCUGCAGAUGUGGGUGGAGGAAGUCAUGGAGAAGUUCAUGAGGAUCUACAAGUACCAGGCUCAUGGCUAUGCCUUCUCGGGCGUAGAAGAACUGCUCUACUCACUGGGGGAGACCACCUUUGUCAACAUGACCCAGCGUUCGGUGGCCGAGUCCCUGCUCCAGGUGGGGGUCACACAGCGCUUUAUUGAUGAUGUUGUCUCCGCUGUCCUACGGGCCAACUAUGGCCAGUCAGCAUCCAUGCCAGCCUUUGCCGGGGCCAUGUCACUAGCUGGGGCUCAGGGCAACCUGUGGUCCGUGGAAGGGGGCAACAAGCUAGUUUGUUCCGGUUUGCUGAAGCUUGCCAAGGCCAGCGUGAUCCAUGCCACGGUGACCUCUGUGACCCUGCACACUACAGAAGGGAAAGCCCUGUACCAAGUGGGGUAUGAAAGUGACAAGGGUAACAGCUCUGACUUCUACGACAUCGUGGUCAUUGCCACGCCCCUGCACCUGGACAACAGCAGCCACAACCUCACCUUCGAAGGCUUCACUCCGCCCAUUGAUGACAUUCAGGGCUCUUUCCAGCCCACCGUGGUCUCCCUGGUCCAUGGCUACCUCAACUCUUCCUACUUCGGCUUCCCCGACCCUAAGCUUUUCCCCUUCGCCAACAUACUCACCACAGAUUUCCCCAGCUUCUUCUGCACUCUGGACAACAUCUGUCCUGUCAACAUCUCAGCCAGCUUCCGGCGGAAGCAGCCCCAGGAAGCAGCAGUAUGGCGAGUGCAGUCCCCGAAGCCCCUCUUCCGGACUGAGCUGAAGACCCUCUUCCGGUCCUAUUACUCAGUCCAGACAGCCGAGUGGCAGGCCCACCCCCUCUACGGCUCCCGCCGCAGCCCCCCCAAGUUCGCGCUCCAUGACCAGCUCUUCUACCUCAACGCCUUGGAGUGGGCGGCUAGCUCCGUGGAGAUGAUGGCUGUAGCUGCUAAGAACGUGGCCUUAUUGGCUUAUAACCGCUGGUACCAGGACCUGGACAAGAUUGACCAAAAGGACUUGAUCCAUAAGGUCAAGACUGAACUGUGAGGGUGUCCAGAGAGACUCCAGAAACUCUGUCCCACACUGAAGAUGGAGCCCACCCCAGCAGCACAGGACCGCCUAAGCCACAUUCGUGGGCUGCUCUGCUCUCUCUGCCCUGUGUAUGGAGCAGAUGUUCCCCCCGUGGGUCCAGGUGAUUCACUAUCUGCCUAAGGAUCCUUAGAA